AUGGUAAAAGGAAAUAAGAAGGCCCCAGGAGACAAGAAGGCUCCAGGAGACAAGAAGGCCCCAGGAGACAAGAAGGCCCCAGGAGAUAAGAAGGCUUCAGAAGACAAGAAGGCUUCAGAAGACAAAAAUGCUUUAGGAGACAAGAAGCCUGUGCGAGGGUUGGUGAUAGGAGAAAACUUUGGAUGGACAGGGAAGCUUCCUGUUACGCUUCUCAAUGAGCACUGCCAAAAACAAAAAUGGAACAAGUGCGAUUACAGCAUGCAAAAGAAAUCAACGGGACUUGUUUGUAUUGUCACAUUAUCGUGGGAGAAUCCAAAGACUAAGGAAGUGGUGGCAGUUAAGUUUGUACCUUCAUGUGCGCCAAGUGCAACUGCCAACGAGGCGAGGCAUAUGGCGGCAACCUUUGUACUACAUCGCCUCAGACUAAACAUGAAAAUGGUGCUUCCUUUAGUGUUUAGAGAUUACUGGACGCAGUUGGAGAAAGAGAGGCUCGAAAUAAAGGAUAAGCAAAUACAUGAUAUGAGGUAUAGAGCGAACCCAUUUGAAAAAAUUGCAUCUCCUCCCAAAAAGAAGGAGCAGCAGCCUGCUAGUAAGAAAAAAAGACCCCCCUUAUCUCUUGAUAUUCCUUCCGAAGUGAGAACUGAUAUUGAGUUUUCCGUUAGAAAAUAUUUGGAUUGGGGUAACGGCAACAAGACAAUGGCAAACAAAAAAGAUAUAGACAAGUUGGUUUCCUUAGGAUUUAGGGAAAGUCACGUAGUGGAAUCCUUUCAACAUGCGACAACAUUCACAGACGCUUUAGAAUGGUUGAUUUUUCAUCUUCCUGAAGAUGAUUUGCCUGAGAGAUUUGCAAAGAAAGACUUGGAUAUUACGUUGAGAGUUUCGCGACCAUUAAAGACGGAGUUGGCAAUAAAAGAGUUGAAACAUUCAGGAUUUUCAGAAGACGUGAUUCUUGCUUUUUAUAAAGACAAUGAGGAGGACGAAUUUGCAACAAGUAUAGCGCUAACCAAGUUGUUGUACUCGAGAGAAGUAACAAAAGAGAGUGUGGAAGAGGAUAUGUGGGAUCAGGAACUUGAGGUUUUGACCUUUGCCAAAAAUAUAACAGUGGAUGAUCCCAAGAUUGUUACAAUUUCGUUGAAUCCAGAAGGUAUUGAGGAUGGGAUGGUCAGCGUUAGGGUAUUUAAAAGUGAAAAGUACCCCAAUGAGAUGCCUGGAAUCCAACUCGUAGUUAACGACAACUAUAGAAUUGCCAAUUAUGUCAAGUUGUCAAUAUUGAGAGAAUUACUCAACAAUUUAGAGGAGUAUCUGUUGUAUUCAAUUGUGGACUGGUUGGAAGUUAAUAUGAAAAAGGUGAUUGACGUUCCGGGACCUUUAAGCGUAGAGAAGGAGGAAAAGAAGAACUUAUCACCAGCUAGAUCCCCUCAGCCAAGACCGCCACGAGCUGCCCUGUCCAGAGCUUCUUUGUUGAAACCGACGAUGACAACAACAGUUACAGCAGCAAGACCUCCCCCAUUAACGCCUCUUCCGGUGUGGCAAAAGAAAAGUGUUUUAAUAGAUGUAAUAAAUACAAACCAGAUUACUUUAAUUACAGGGGAAACUGGUUCGGGUAAGUCCACGCAAAUUGUACAAUUUGUACUUGAUCAUCUAAACCUGGUGGGGGAUUUUUCCACCACAAUUUUUUGUACUCAGCCGCGUCGUAUUUCGACCAUGGGAUUGGCAAGUAGAAUAUCCGAGGAAAGAGAUGCUAAAGUUGGCGGUGAAACGGGGUACAUUAUUAGAGGAGAGAACAAGACAAAUGCUCACACUCGUAUUACUUUUUUGACAACAGGUAUUCUUUUAAGAAUGCUUCAACAAAGGGACAAUCUGGUUUUCACAAACCUUGGCUACAUUUUCAUCGAUGAAGUACACGAAAGAUCUGUUGAUGGUGAUUUUUUAUUAAUUAUAUUGAGGGACCUUAUAAAGAAAUCUAGCGUAAAGGUAAUUUUAAUGUCUGCAACUAUCAAAAAAGAUAUCUUUACCAAUUUUUUCAAGAAAGAGAUCAAGCAUGUACACGUAGAAGGGAGAACCUUCCCCGUAGAGGAUUAUUAUCUAAACGAUAUUUUAGUGAAAUUGGAUUAUAGUAUGGAAGUUGGUGGAGAAAUGAUAAAACCGCGGGCUGACUCAGCGUUUUUCAAGAUGGGGAAAAUCAACUACGAUUUACUUCAAAAGCUAAUAAUUUAUAUUGAUAAAGAACUUGCCCAAAAUGAUGGUUCUAUUCUUGUGUUUUUACCUGGAGUAGGCGAGAUCAAUCGCGCGAUUAGUGACUGCAACAACAACAACGACAGCAACAACAGAUUCUUGGCAUUACCCCUCCAUUCUUCUUUAAACCCAAAAGAACAAAAGAAAGUAUUUAAAUCGUCACCAGGAAUAAGGAAGGUUAUUUUUGCAACCAAUAUUGCAGAAACCUCAAUUACAAUUCCCGAUUGUGUUGCGGUUAUUGACACGGGUCGGGUUAAAAAUAUGCUUUUUGAUACAAAGCUCAAUGCCACAAAGUUAAUUGAGGAAUGGUGUUCGCAAGCGGAAGUUCGUCAACGGAGAGGUAGGGCGGGUCGUGUGACGAAUGGGAUUUGCUAUCACCUAUAUACAAAAGACAGCGAGAAUUGCAUGCUAGAGCAACCAGUUCCCGAAAUUAAAAGAGCAAGGCUUGAGAAUUUGUAUCUUAUUGUAAAGUCCAUGGGCGUUAGUAAUGUUGAAAAGUUUAUUACUAGUGGGUUAGAUGCUCCGGAUAGCUUAGCUUUAGCGUCCGCUAAAAAGCUUUUAGAAGAUGUGGGUGCUUUGAAUAGGGACCAAUUGACCAAUUUGGGUAAAUACUUGUCCUUUUUACCCAUGGAUCCUCAUACCGGAAAGCUUCUAAUAUUGGGUUGCAUUUUGGAAUGUAUUGAUUUCUGUGUGACAUUAGCUGCAAUUAACUCAGUUGGCUCUAUUUUUCGAGCUGAAGAUAGAGACAAGGUCAAACUGAUAUUGACCAGAUAUUCGAAAGGCAAUGGAGAUUUCAUUGGAGAAGCCAACGUUUAUCAUGCUUAUUGCAACAAUAGUAGCAGUACUAACAAGCGUUUUAUCGAGGAUAAUAACUUGUCGUACACGGCACUUAGCGAGGUGAGAACAACAAAGACUCAAUACUAUCAGUUAUUAUUUGAAAUGGGAUUUGUUGCAAGAGACUACGGUGCAGGUGAAACAAAAAUCAAUUACUCUAUGGUUCAAGCCAUUAUUGCAGGUUCAUUUUACCCCAAAAUAGCCAGAGUUCUGUAUCCUAAUCAGAAAUUUCUGAAAUCCUUGCUGGGCUCAAUUGCUGUUGAUCCAGAUGCCAGAGAGAUCAAAUUUUGGAUUAAGCUGGAAAACCCUGAAGAGUCCUCAACAAAAACAAGAGCUUUUCUUCAUCCAAGUUCGGUCUUUUUUAACACUAGAGAUGAAACGCAAGUUGAAGUCGAACGGUAUACACCAACGCCAAUGCCAACGACAACACCAUCGCCAACGCCAACACCAACGCCAAUGCCAACACCAACACCAACACCAACGCCGCCACAGUUACCCAAAUCCGACAAUACUCUAAGAUCCGCAUUUAUAAGUUACAGCUCAUCGCACAUGACGUCAAAGUUAUUUAUACGUAGAGUGACUCCAUCUAGCAUGUUAGCGACAUUAUUGUUUGGCGGAAAUUUCGAGUAUGAGGCAGACGGGAUUGUGGUUGACGGCUGGGUUCCAGUCAAAACCUGGUGCAAGAAUGGCGUCUUAAUCAAACAACUUCGAAAGCUACUCGACAACUAUAUCGAAGAAAAACUUUCCAGUCUUAACUGUAGUACUCACGGAGCUAUAUUGAAGGUGAUUGAAAAGGUAGUAAAUUUAUAG